CGUCUUCGUCUCGACUCCAUUGCUGACUCCUUUUCUGUACUUUUUUAAUCUUCUUUUCAUGCACUUUGAGAGAUUAAGGAAGACGGGGAGGAGAGGAAAGGACUGAUCUUGAUCAUGUUUUAGAGGGGUCCUUAUUUGCUUUAGGAACUUGUUAGUUUGAUUUGUUGUGGGUAUUUGAUUAGUGAAGUUUUGGGUCUGUUUGCAUGUGGGAAAAGUUUUGUUCUUGAUCGUCAAAAGGGAGUUUUUUUUUUUUUUUUGGUAUUUUGUAUUGGUAGAUAUGCUUAGUCUUGAUCUGGGUUUUUGGUAGUCUGUGUGUUUAGGCUUGAGGAAGAUCGCCCCUUUGAAGGAACAACAGAGUGAUUGUCCUAGAAGUGAGAGAUUUUUGUUGUUGUUAGGUUGUGUUUGCAAAAAUCUCAUUUUUCUGGGGAGAAAAUUAUUAUUUUUUGGUUGGGUUUUCUUUGAAGGAGAGGGGAGUGCUACAAAAAGGGAAAGCAUUCAGCUUUGGUUCCAUUUUCUCAGAGAGAUUCUGAGUUGAGCGACUCAUUGGUAACUAGCAUGCUGAAGAAGAGCUCGAGGCCGGCUGUGAGCAGCAAGCAAGGCCUAAUGGCUGAUCCCUUCUCUCUUCCCUCUCCUACUGGAAAUUGCAGUAAACCCCCCAGCUCACCUCUCUUCCCUUUGUCACCAAGACUCUUUGUGGGCUUCGUCCCAAAGGGCUUUUCAGACAUUGAUGCUGCAAAAAGCCCGACCUCCAUUCUCGAAACCAAACCAUUCACUCCAACCUCUAACCCCUUCUUCUCCGAUAAAAAGCCGAGAAAACCCCUUGUUGAAUCCACCCAAGAGGCCAAACUCCAUCAUCAGCCAGUUGGGCUUGGCAUUGUUGACGCAUUGAAGAAACCCUCAAAACCUGAUGCCCGAAUGGUCCUCUUUGGAUCACAGCUCAAAAUCCAAAUACCCGCGAAAUCCCCCAAUGGUUUGGUUGAGCCAUUACAGUCUCCUAUUGAGUUUGGGGUCAAGAACAAGGAAGCACAAUUAGCUAUGUUUUCUCCGAUGCAGAGAGCUAAUUCGACCGAGCCGAACAAUUUGGCAUCUGGAUGUAUAUCGGCUAGCGAGAUGGAGAUGUCCGAGGAUUAUACUUGUGUGAUUGCUCAUGGACCUAAUCCGAGGACUGUACAUAUAUAUGACAAUUGUGUUGUUGAGAGCUGUGGUAAUGGAUUUGCUGCUGUUACUCCGAGGAAGGAGAGUCGGGUGUCGGAGGGUUUUCUUACUUGUUGCUGUGCUUGCAAGAAGAGGCUGGAUCAGGGGAAGGACAUUUUUAUGUACAGAGGAGAGAAAGCCUUUUGCAGUCUGGAGUGCCGUCACCAAGAGAUGCAAUUCGAUGAAGGGAUGGAAGACUGCUUGCUGGCUCAAGGCCCUGCUACUUUCUAGCACGAGCUCCUCUCAACUUAUUUUUUGUUUCCGAUGGCUGAAAGAAAUUAGAGAUCAGCCCCUUAGGUGAGCGUGUUUUGUUAUAUCUCUACAUGUUGUAAAUUCUAUUGGGUUGUUUCUGGUUUCAUUUCAAUCAAAUUGGAUCAGAAAGAAAAUGUUGUUGUGUUAUGUUUUUUGCUGGUGGGAUCCUCCACAGUUUUUGGCUUGAGAGAGUGAUGUAUGGAUUUUGAUUAAAAUGGUUGUCCGGUUCCUUUACUAAUCAGUAUACUUGGUCUAAAUCUUUCUUCUA